ACUGAGAAAAAGCGAGGGGUGAGAGGAAGAUCUCCGAACAGACACAAGAAGAGUGAAGAAGAAAAUCACAGCAGCCAACAUGGCUCUGCUUUGCUACAACAAAGGCUGUGGGCUGAAGUUUGACGCUGCCAAGAACAAGGAGGACUCCUGUGUCUUCCAUCCAGGUGUCCCCAUCUUCCACGAUGCCCUGAAGGGUUGGUCCUGCUGCAGGAAAAGGACGACGGACUUCUCAGAGUUUCUCUCCAUUAAGGGCUGCACCCGAGGGCGCCACAGCGACCAGAAGCCCGAGGAGCCUCUGCGUCCGGAGGUGUCGUCAGAUAAAGGCGAGGUGAAGCAAACCAACGGAGGAGAGAUAAUCUACCGGGGACCCAAAUCUGCUGAGACGCUGCAGAAAGAGAGGCCCAGUUCAGACGAGCCCAUGACCAAACUGCCCCACAAAGUGUCUGCGUCGCUGGCUCAGGUGCUGGAGAAGCUGGACCUCAGCAUGAAAGCUGAGGAAGAGAAGAAAGAGGGCGAGGCCGUCAUAGCCGGGACCAGAUGCAAGAACGCAGGAUGCAAAGCAGUCUACCAAGGCCCGGAGACGGACACGGAGGUCUGCAGCCAUCACCCCGGAGCCCCCGUCUUCCACGAAGGGUAUAAGUACUGGAACUGCUGCUGCAUAAAGACAAUAGAUUUCAACGCUUUCCUCGACCAGAAAGGCUGCUCCACGGGGAAACACCGCUGGGUCCCAAAGCAGGACAAGAAGAAGGUGGCUUGUCGAUACGACUGGCACCAGACGGGAAAUAAUGUCGUCGUAACGAUUUACGCCAAGAACGCAAACCCACAACUGUCGUCCAUAGAGGCCAACCGGACAGUGCUCUCAUGUCAAAUACAGUUUGCGAACGAUAAGGUUUUCAAGAGAGAAUUCCACUUCUGGGGUGUGGUCAAUGUGAAGCAGAGCUCGGUCAACAUGGUCCCGUCCAAAGUGGAGAUCACCCUCAGCAAGGCCGACCAGGUGGCCUGGGGCAAACUGGAGGAUCCCAACUACAAACCUGAUCCGGAGCCCGCAGAGGAGUCCUUCACGGAAACCACAGAGUCGUACCCGAACCAAUACGACAUCGACGACGACGACAUCAGCGACUCGGACGAGGAGUGGGCCUACGACACGCGGCACAAUAAAACGCAGGAGGAAAAGGACAAGGACGAGCAGAAGAAGAAGCAAGAGGAAGAGACGCUAAAAAUAAAGACAAAGGAGGUGGAGGAGGAGAUGAAGAAGGCGAUGGAGGAGAGGCAGAAAGCGGAGGAGGCGAGGAAGCAGCUGGAGGAGCAGAGAAGGCAGGAGGAAGAAGGAGGAUAUGAAGACAUGCCAGAGCUCGAGUAACACCUCUGAAAAAACAAGCUGAAGAUUGGCUUUAUUUUGCAUAAGCGAGGUAGAAGAAAGCUUCAUUGUUUUUGUUAUGUUUAUUUGAGAAAUAAUAAGUCUUUUGUUGCUACAAAUCCAAAUGCAAUGUGGUACUUUGCAGCCGCUUUUCCAACUUGGAAAUUUAAGGGGUUGAUUCUCUUCUAGAUUAAAGUUACUCACAUCUAUACUAGACAAACCAAGAUACUCUAUAUCCUUAUAUUUCAUUUAAUUAGGAUAGUGAGUUUUGUCCUUUUAAAAUGUAGAUAUUCUCAACUGGAUGUGACUUCAA